CAAUCCCAAACCGAUACUGAAACAGCAUAGCUCUGUUGCUGUAGAUGUUAAGGAGCAACGGAGAAAGAUGCCAAGCACCGGAGGUUUUCCGCUACCCUGCAAUUCAAAAACUCUCCUCACCAGUCACACCAUUACUCCCACUUCAUCCUCUCUCGCAUUUCCCUCCAAAACCCACCUCAACCAUGUCCUUCCAACCCCAACCCCCUCUACCGAUUCUCCACUCUUCCCUUCUUCACGACAAUUCCCUCACACCCACCUCGCGUUUUCUUCUUUUCAUGCCCAGAGACGCAGCAAAGGAUUCAUAGUUUCCGCUUCGAAGAAGCAAGGUAAACGUGGGGGCCGCGGGGUCCCACCUCUCUUGGAAAUGGAAGGUUUUGACGACGAAGAGUUCGGCGAGGACGACGAUGAGGACGGUGAUGGAAGCGUGUUCUUGCCGUUUGAUAAGAUGAGCGAGUGGCUUGAGAAAAGGCCAAGUGGGUUUGGCGAAGGGAAAGUCUACGACACUUCGACUGAAGACCAACUGCUCGAAGAAAUGCGGCAGAGUAGACUGGCCCAGGCUGCUAAUCUCGAUAACCUCAAAAACGAGCCUGCCAAACCUGUUUCUAAGCAAGAUGAUGGAAAGAAGAAUGGUAAUGAGGUUGUUCCGAAUGGAGUUAGAGUGCGAGUGGUGAACCUUCCGAAAAAGAAGAACGUGCGUCGAGAUUUGAGCGUUGCGUUCAAAGGGGUUCCUGGUUUGAUUAGUAUAAACCCGGUGGUUUCUGGAAACAAGAAGACCAGGGACCCUAUCUGCAAGGGUUUUGCUUUUGUUCAUUUCAAGUCUCAGGAACACGCUACGAGGUUUACACAAAUGUUUUCUCGGCAAACUAUUACUUUUGGAAAAAUUCAGAAGCAAAUAAAAUGUGAGAUGAUGAAUUCGCAAACAUCGGAUUCUGCUCUUGAACAAGCAUCAGCAGACAACAUCACCCAUGACUCUCCUCAUCUUGAAGUUCAUGGUUUGAGUUCGAGAGACGAUCAAAGCCAAGAUUCUGAAACAAAUGAUUCUUCGCUGGACAAAUGGGAGAAUAGCGCCUUCGUCGAGUAUGAUUAUGAUGAACCUGCUGAUGAGCUUCAAAUGGUAGAAUGGGAAGAUAUCAGUGAGAAUUUGGAUUCCAUUACUGUCCCAGAGCUAAGUCAUAGUGAUGAUGACUCUGAACAAAUGACAGAAUUUGAGUCCAUGGGAGAUUCACUUCCCUCAAAUAUAGAUAGAAUCCAGGCACUCGAGAACAAGCUACUUGCUAAAGGGAAAGAAGAGAACGUCCCCGGAAGAAAUCUACCUGUGAAAGCUAAGGGAAGGAAAAAUCCCAAGAAAAAACCAGCUGGGAAAGAAAAAGAAGUCAAGGUUCCAAAAUUUGACGUACUAGGAUCUGCAAAAAGGUUAAAGGUCAAGGAGAAGGCUGUGCUUACUGAUGUGUUCUCUAAAUAUGGACUAAAGUCUGCCGUGGCUUCCAAGAAAGAGAGCUAGUCAUGGGAAUGUGAUUUAAAAAUUGAUUUGGUAAUUACCAUAUGAGAAGUUUACCAAAAAUAUGAAGUGUUAACUGGAUAUGCUCAAAUGAGAAUCUCACCUAUAUGUUGAUAAACUUUUCCAAUUUUGACAUAUUCUUCUCUCUUUAGAUAGUCUUUUGGAAACAAAUUAUGUGUUUUUAUAA